AACGCCUCGCAGCAAACAUUACGUGUCACCCAGAAAUGUCACACCUCUUCCAGUGCGGAGGUACAUCCACAUACUACUAGAGAAAUUGAACAAAUAUUCCCUGGGUGUUGUUUCGGUGUCCCUUAGGUUUCUGUAUCCUCUUUAAGCAAUAACCCUCCCAGCGGCGACUCGCAGCUUAAGGGGCCGGCCUGCAGUCAUGGUUCGCUCACGUUCCAGAGCGCCUCAAGUAACGGCGCUCAUAUUGCUAGCCGCAGCAGCAUCCUUGCUUUGCUGUGUUCAAGGCGCUGCCGCCGAUGAUGCCUCCACCUUCACUCUGGACUCUGUGAACCUGCAGGGUGGCAAGGGCAAGCGCAAGGCUUCACCGCCGUCCCCAUGGCCCCCUUCUCCGCUGCCACCGUCACCACAACCGUCAUCGCCUCUCCCGCCGUCGCCCCUUCCCCCAUCGCCCCUUCCCCCAUCACCACAGCCGUCCCCUCUGCCGCCUUCACCUCUGCCACCCUCGCCUGCGCCUCCUUCACCCCCGUCUCCUCGUCCGCCACCCAGGCCACGGCGGCCUCGCCCGUCCCCGCGUUCACCUCUCCCGCCUUCUCCCCUUCCGCCGUCCCCCAUCCCACCGUCGCCGCCUAGCCCAUCCCCUUCUCCCGUAAGCCAGCCGCCUUCCCCGCUGCCACCGUCACCCCAGCCGCCGUCCCCCCAGCCGCCGUCCCCCCGGCCCCCCUCCCCACGCAAGCCCCGGAGGUCCCCGUCGCCCCCCUCUCCGCUGCCACCGUCGCCGCUGCCACCUUCCCCUGCACCUCCGCCGCCUUCCCCAUCGCCGCGGCCGCCUUCACCCCCCUCUCCUCCCUCUCCUCGGCCACCUCGUCGGCCCCGGCAGCCCCGCACAUCCCCUCCUUCGCGCGCACCCUCGCCCGCUCCCCUGCCGCAGCCUCCCGCCCCGCCUGCGAUGCCGCCAGCAGAGAAGAAGCCCAAGUUCGCAAAGUACCUGAACUACUACUACAUCGUCUCCGGCAAGGCCUACACAUACGACGAGGCGUACGUCUUCUGCAAGAAGUGGGGAUACGACCUAGUGCCGUACAAUGACAAGAUCACGUACGGUUACGUCUACCAGGAGUGCUACGAGAACGGGCAGGGUUGCUGGGUGGCCGGCAAGCAAGGAGACUACUGCGCCUAUGUGGAUCCCAGGGGCAACGGCGGCGCCUACGCUCGCGAAUGCAGCAAGCCCGCGUAUGUGGUGUGCUAUGCGUCGCAGGAGAAGGCAAAGGAGGAAGUGGUGUACGAACAGGGGCCGCAAGUGGUGGUGUACGGGAAACCGUAAACUACUUCAAUAAAAGUCAUAAAAGCCACUGAUGAUAUAUUAUAUCGAGACGGGACAACGCUUGGCGAUGCAGUUGCUGCCAGGGUAGCUUAAUUAGGCACAUGGUUGCUGGGCGGGAUGUACGGCUGGUGGUAGCCAAUCAAUUUGAGUCGUGGCUAGCUGCCAGUUAACAUGAUACUGUGAUUACGUUUGCAAGGGACGUAUCUGUGACAAUGUGGCAUCGGCCGCCGCAGCAAAACUACUACAUGUUUAGAUAGGUGGUACGAAUGUGAUUUAUAGUUUGGCACGGUCGGAUGGAUAACGUGAUCACACGGUGCUUGCUUAGGCUUGCUCCCAAUCCAUGCGUACAUCCACGUUUGCCUUUGUUUCUCCAAUGCCAUGUGGCAGGAGCAUGUUCGGUGAAUGCUGUUUCAUCUUGUGGCGAUAAUAACACCGGUAUGUUGCAGAGAGGAGCCGCUCGUGC